AUGUUUCGCGCGUCUGUGGCGCUCGGCGCGCGUCGUCUCUCGAAUGGGUACCUUUUCGCGUGCCCGCGCGCCGCCGGCGCGCGCGCGCGACGACGAUACCGCCCGAGCGGCGCGACGUGUCGACUCGACGUAGAAUGUCGUCCGUCGUCGUACGACGAAGAAUUGCGAGAGAAGACGGCGCACGCGCGCGCGCACUUUGACGGCGUGGCGACGCUGCCGAGCCGCACGGAGACGUUCGAGAGCGCGCGAGAGGAGUUUCGCAUGCGCGCCGAAUUCAAGGUGUGGCACGACGGCGAUAGGAGUUACUUCGCCAUGUGUGAUUCCGAUCGACCGAAGGACCCGGUGGAGGUGGUGGACUUUCCGAUGGCGAGCGCGCGCAUUCGCGAACUCAUGCCAGAGUUGCUGCGCGAGGUGACGGCGACGGAGACGCUGCGAAGAAAGCUGUUUCAAGCGAAUUUCCUCACCACGACGACCGGAGAUGCGGUGGUGAGUUUGUUGUACCACAGACAGUUGGAUGAAGAUUGGGAACGCGAGGCGGAGGCGAUGCGGGCGCGGUUGGGGAUCGACGUCAUCGGUCGCGCGAGGAAGCAAAAACUUGUCCUCGCCAAGGAUUUCGUGACCGAGAAGGUGUUGAUCGAUGGGAAGGAAUUUAGUUACAAGCAGUUGGAGGGGUCGUUCACGCAACCGAACGCUGGAAUUGCGGCGCAAAUGCUCGCGUGGGCUCGCUCGGCGGCGGUGAGCGAUUCACCAGACGUCGUCGCGGCGGCGACGCCGCGAGACGCGAAUCGAGAUUUUCUCGAGCUCUAUUGCGGCAACGGACAUUUCACGAUCGCGCUCGCGCCCUUGUUUCGCAAAUGUUUGGCGACUGAAAUAUCGAAAUCGUCCGUCGCCGCCGCGCACGUGAACAUGGCCGCGAACGGAAUCGACAACGUCGUCACCGCGAGACUAUCGGCGGAGGAGCUGUGCGACGCCCUCGACGGCGGACGCGAGUACACGCGCCUGAAGGAUAUAGAUCUCACGACGUACGAUUUGAGCACCGUGCUCGUCGAUCCGCCGCGCGCCGGCAUGGGCGACGAAGUGAGCAAAUUCUGCGCGCGCUUCGACAGGAUCAUUUACAUCUCGUGCAAUCCGGAAACUUUGGCGCGAGACUGUAAAAUUCUCGGCGAGACGCACGAAAUCAAACGAUUCGCCGUCUUCGACCAGUUCCCUUACACCCCGCACUUAGAGUCGGGCGCGCUCUUGGUGAAGCGCGCGUGA